AUGAAUGACGGUACACUCGUCAUUCGUAGAGAGAAGGUUCCGUCGCGAAAUGUAGGCGGUGUUGGUUUUGUUGUGCACCCAUCUGUCGUCUAUCUUGCCGAUUCUCACGAGAUCCUGUCACCAUGUCUGGCCAUUCUUCGCCUCCGCCCUUUGUGCCAAAAACCCAUCAGUAUCGUCAACUGCUACUCACCAACAUCAGCAGCUAAUAAAUCCGAAUUGGACGCGUUUUACGAGAAGCUGGAGGAAGCAAUCCGCUACGAGAGGUCAUUCUACAAAUUCGUUGUCGGAGACUUCAACACAAAACUAGGAAAGGCUACAGAAGAGGAAUACAGGAACAGAAGAUUUGGACUAGGGGACCGGAACGAAAAUGGCAAUCGUCUUUCAGGGCUGUUGUCCGCCGCUCACCUUUUUCAUGGGAACUCUCUUUUCAUGAAGAAAGAUCAUCGUCGGUGGACAUGGGAAUCGCCCACGCGACUCGUGCGGAGAUCGACCACAUACUCAUCAACCGGAGGUGACUGGCACAUCGAGGAGGACCCAAACGUGGACUACGAACUGCCGCUCAGAGGAUUGCGAACCUGUGCUGAGCGUGCCUCGAAGCCGCGCACGACAAACUUUGAUCGAACUUCGAGGACCACCAAGGAAUCGUUGGAAAGGAAAAGGUCUUUGAGGCUUGAUACGAUUGCAUCGCACACUGAGCGGCAGAAGAAGAUUCUGGAGGCAGCACAAAGAAAAACUAGUAGAAAGAAGUGCCGCAGGGAUCUCCGUGAAUAUAAUAUCCCGCUAGCUGCCUUGCUGAGAGAAGACGGGACUCGCACGUCUUCUCGUCGUGAGAUGGAAAUCCUUACGGAAAGGUUCUACUUGAACUUUUUCCGUUCAUCAACUCCUAUGUCAAACCCGAUCAUCCCCACUGGUGAAGCUUCACCACGGAUUCUCCCUUCGGAAGAAGAAAGGAUUUCAGACCAGUGGAAGACCUCGCGAACCGUUCUUAUUCAUAAGAAAGGUGACCGAGAGGACCGGGUCUACCGUUUGAUAUGCUUGCUAAGCGUGUUAUACAAAGCAUUCACCGAGAUCAUCCUCCCGCGCAUAUCUAAGACGCUGGAUGAAGCCCAGCCUCAAGAACAAGCCGGAUUCCGUCAAAGGUUCAGCUGCUUGGACCACAUCCAGACCGUUUCGAGGGUAAUAGAGGAUUGCCUGGAAUACCGCCUGCCUCUUGUUGUAGCCUUCGUCGACUAUGAGAAAGCCUUCGACAGCGUAGAAACGAAUGCAAUACUGUCAGCGCUGGCCGAUCAAAGUGAGGACAUUAGCCAAUUAGUACGAUCGAUGCACCACGAAGAUACAGCUUUUCCACAGCUCCCUCACCAUGCCCAUUGGAAAGGGGGUGCGACAAGGCAAUAUUAUAUCGCUGAUGCUGUUCACGGCUGCACUGCAAUGGGUAAUGAAAUCAUUUUCCUGGGAAGAAAGGGCAUACAUGUUGAUGGAAGAUUUCUCUCGAACCUUCGCUUCGCGUCGACAUCGUUCUCUUUUCGAGCAGUACCAAUGGAGCAGAAACGAUGCUCAACGAAUUGA